AACGUCGCCAUUGGAAAAGUGUCAAACUUCGUUCGGUCCGCGGGAAAAUCCUUAAUCUGAGUGAACUGGAAGUCGAUGUGCUUGCGAGUGUAAAGAGUGAAUAGUGUUAUGUGCUAUGAGUGUAUACCCGAUAAGGAAUAGUGAGCAGAGCGCCCUAGGAUAGCGAUUUGCCCGAUCGAAGAAGAUCUACCAACACCUGCGAUACUACAGCAACCCAGCAGAACAGCGAUGGAUUGUGCGGAUAUUGCUGUUCGUGCCCAUCUACGCCUUUGACUCCUGGAUCUCCCUCCUCUUUUUCAACAAGGACAACUACUACAUCUACUUUGACACAAUCAGGGACUGCUAUGAAGCAUUUGUGAUCUACAACUUCUUGAGUCUUUGCUACGAGUACCUUGGAGGAGAAGGCAACAUUAUGAGCGAGAUCAGAGGGAAGCCUAUUAGAUCGUCAUGCAUGUAUGGCACAUGCUGCUUGGCAGGGAAGACAUACACCAUUGGGUUCCUUCGCUUCUGCAAGCAGGCAACCCUGCAGUUUUGCUUUGUAAAGCCAGUGAUGGCCUUCAUUACGAUAAUUCUACAGUACUUUGGGAAGUACCAGGAUGGUGACUGGAGUCCUGAAGGCGGAUACCUGUACAUUACCAUCAUCUACAAUAUCUCAGUGUCGCUUGCCCUGUACAGCCACUUGCUCUUCUAUUUUGCCACGAGAGACCUCCUGCAGCCGUUUGAGCCUGUGCUCAAAUUCUUCACCAUCAAGUCUGUCAUCUUUGUCUCAUUUUGGCAAGGUGUAUUAUUAGCUAUCCUUGAAAAGGCCGAAGUUAUCAAAGGAAACCCCAACCUGAACACGGGCACAGUCUCUGCUGGAUACCAGAACUUCAUUAUCUGCGUAGAAAUGUUCUUCGCCUCUGUUGCCCUGCGCUACGCCUUCCCUUACCAAAUCUACGGAGAUUUCACUGUUACUGGCACAGGUCGCACAGUCACCAUGCAGAGCAUUUCGUCAUCUCUCAAGGAGACCAUGAAUCCCAAGGACAUUAUGACGGAUGCCAUCCACAAUUUCCACCCACAGUACCAGCAGUAUACCCAGUAUAGUGCAGGCGACACCGGCCGUCCAACACAGGUGCUCACGCACAGCUAUGACAUGGAGGAGCUCCGCCCAGACCUUUUGCCUGUCUCCUCUUCCACCACCACCACCACCACUCUAGCCUCUGACACUCUCCCCACCAUCACCACCACCACCAAUGCCCCUAGCCAAGUUGGUGGAGGUGGUGGAGGCACGGUAGUCAACUCAGGCCAUGGUGUCGUCUCCACCGCAGUCCGAGCACAACAGACCCAGGACCUUGUGAGACUGCCCCCUCCGCCCUCCAAAGGCGGCACCACCAGAGGGUCAGGACACACUGCAGUCAGCACCUAUGAUGCUGACGAAGUCCCGCAGUCAAACGGAAGCAAUGGAAUGGGGGGAAUGGGAGGAGGUGGCCUGGGCAAUGGGAAUGGAGGAGGCCUUGGCGGAAGAGCCCAGAAUGGCGGCCGAAACGGCAACGGAAGGGCAGCAUAUAACGAGAAGACAAUGCUCUUAAGCUCAGACGAUGAGUUCCAGUGAGGGCAGGGACACUACGGAGGAUGUUGAGAAGAAACCUUCACUUCCGCUGCUGCCUUUGGGCCAAUGCCUUUGCCUGAGGAGCUCCCAGGGACGGGAUUCGUGGGACGUUGGGAACUGCCACAAUUCUCGGCUUACAUUUGUCUUGUCUUGGCUCUACUUUUAUGCUGCUGCUGUCAUCAUUCUCCAUUUUUCUUUCAAUUCUGUACAACUUCAUGUGUUACCUGGGUCUAUGUAUCUGUCUAUCUCUCGCACUUUCUCUCUGCAUAGAAAUUUAUUUGAAUUGUGGCUUUGUCCAUAUUUUGAUUGUGAAACUUAAUUGGAGCACCUAUGGUAUUUUUUAUUUUUCUUUUUUUUUUUCAUGCUCAGGCAUCAAGAAUUAACCGGUUAUUGUAUUGGUGCUCCUCAUUUUUUUACGUCUUAAAGGAUCAUAGCACAUAAAAUAGAAGAGUUCCUGUAUAUAUGGACAUUGGAAGCAAAAGUUCCUGGGGUUAUUUCAAGCCUGUUUUAAACCUUAAUUUUAUAUUUGCAGUACUUGAUGUGUACAAUGUUUUUUUUUUUUCUUCUUGUUAAGUUAUUUUGAGUUUUUAGUUUUCUCCUUUAUAUAUAUAUAUAUAUAUAUCUUUCUAAGUUUGUAAGACUCUACUAGCAGGUGCUAAACAGGUUUGAGAUGAAAUGUGGAAGGGAAGCUGUUCAUUUGUCCCCUCCUUCUGGGGUUCAGAAGGGUAAAUGGAUGUUAUGGAUAAUUUCCUGGUUUUACCAUCCAGUGUUUACAAAUAUUAUUCAAACAUGUUUCAUAAAUGAAGUUGUGAUACUGAAAAUCUUAAAAAAAAAAAAAAAAAUUAUUUAAUUUCUUAAUUUCUUUGAUCCCCCCCCCAUAUGAAUAAGAAAGUUUUAUUUAGUUUAAUCAUUCACUCGAUAUUCUUUCCCCUACCCCCCUUGUCAGAAAGAUAAAAGCUUUAUUCCUGUCAUUCCUUUGAUUUUCUUCCCCAUAUCAGAAUGCGACAUUCUACUUAUACAUAUAUCUGUGUACACCCAGGUAUGAUUGUUAUAUGUAUAAUCUUUUGUAAUAACAGAUUUACAACUGCUUGUCAUAUAUCAAGACAUGUUCAAAAUGUAUAAUGUAUUUGUAUGACGGGACUCUCUGUACAACAUUAUAAUCUUGGAGAAAUAAGCGAUAGGAAAGUCACCUUGAGAUAAUACUCGGGUAUUUAUGAUAACAUGAAGGAAGGUCAUCUUAACUAUUUAUUCAUUUGUGUGUGUGUUUGGGUGUAUGUUGCAUCAGCUUUCCUUUCCUUAAGAGUUUUGAUGUUCAGUUCUCAAAUCAUCCAUUAGUGUGGAAAAGAAUCUUCUUGUUCCUCUGAAAAUUUAUUGCAUCAUGGUACAUAUGUAUCUGCUCUGAUGGGCGUUGCUUGCCAAGAGGAGGAAACUCACUGUGUGUCCAAAAUACUCAACCACAGAGUUUGCUAGUUAGCUAAUAAGUGGCAGGAGGAUAUAAAUACAAGGAAAUUGUAUUGUUAAUGCCCAGAAGAUUCACAUUCCUUGUCUGGCAGUGUCUUAUCACGGAUUUUGAAUUUGAUAUUUCUCCGGUCCUUGAAUGUGAAUGUCCUUUUUGACUGGUGUAAACAUGAGUUAGUAAUGUGGAUAUUGCAGAACAUUACAAAAGCAAGAGAGGAAAAUGCAAGGAAAUUACUCCAGGUCAAAGCACAGUCAUAGACCUUCAUACACAUUGCUAUAGAACACAGAUAACAGUAAAGCAGUUAAGAUGGUCUUGCUUUUUAUAAGUGUUGACAGACAUUGCUAUAAAAAAAAAGAUAAAUAAAUAAGUAAAAAAAAAAAAAAAAAAAUUGGCUUCAAAAUUUAGCAAUCAUAAGAGAUGAAAGGAGAUGGUGAUGUAAUCAUUACGAUGAAUAGCAAUUGUCGUUGGAUUUUUCGUCUCAUGGAUUGUCAUUUAGGUGAACCAAGUGCUAUCCUCGCUGGAUCUUAAGAUUUUCUGGAGGAAGAUAUAGAUGAAUAUUGGACACUUCAAUUGGUGCCUAAAAGAUAAAUCUGUAUAACCCUAUCUACAUGAUCUAAUAUUAUCAGUUUCUGCAGAAUAUGCAACAGUGUAUGAUAUUGCAUAUAAAUAAAGUUUUUCUUAUUUUUUCUGCAAUGAAAGAUAUUCUAUAGUUUUGUUGGUAAUGAUUUUCUAAUUUAUAUACUUUUGUAGUUGUCUUGUCAGGAAUUCAAAUCAGUUCCUUAAAGAUUCAGGGUGCGUUUGAUAUCAUUGAUUUCUUCUCUUUUUUAUUAUGGAAAAUUACAUAUAUACAUAUACAUGCACUCACACAAAUAUUUGUGAUUAUUCAAACUAUUUUUAGUAAGUAUUACAGACACCACCACAAAAUAAAACACACACAAACUCACCUACAUAUACACACAAGCGCACACAAACUUGCAUGUGCCCCCCCUCCCCAGACACAUACACACACAUAAGAAAGGGUGCAUACAUUAACACUUUUGUAUACAUACAUCUAAAUGUAAAUGACAUGUAUAUAUUUCUUCCUGUUUUCCCCCAAGAAAUUGCUAUUAAUGUUAUAUUACUCACCAUUAUGUUAGGAGUCUUUCUACAAAUAUACAAGAUGUUAAGAUAAGAUAUAACAAUCUGUAAUGGCUGUCCAGAACAUAUUCUGAUAAAUGUUGUAUGUAGUGUAUGAAUUAUGUUGUACUUAAAGAACAGAAAAAAAAUAUAUAUAUGAAUAAAAAUUGAUGAAACUGAAAUAAUUUAUUCAGUAAACUUGCAUGAGAGUUGUUUGGCAAGGUACAAGACUAUAUAAUACAAGAUGUUUUGUUGUGGCUAUAGUUUCAUAUAGGUAACAUAUGGAUCUUGUAGAGCUUACUAAUCCACACGUCAGAAGUGGCCUUGGACAGUAAGUAAACAAGCUAAUCUCUGAUUAUCAAAAUUUGGAGCUUUUUGCAACUCAUUUCAUUGAUAAAAAAAAUAUAUAUAAAAUGAUAAUAGAUUUUAUAUAUAUAAGUAUAUAUAUAAAUACAUUUUUUGUGUGGUUCUUACUAGGCUUGAGUCCUGAUUUUCAAAUCAUUUGAGAGUCUUGGAGGAUAAUAUUUUCAGGACAAAGUAAACGACAGCCUUUCAUAUCAUCCACUGUAUCCGGAGGCGCUCGUCUGCUGGUACGUUGUUCUUGGCCAUUGCUGAGGUUCCGUUUCUUUUGAUAUGUCACAAAGUAUCCUUCCAUGUAACUUUCUCAGUGGAACUGUUGUGUUAUUUUUUAUAGUUAAGAAUAAUAAAGGUAGUAAACAGAAGAGUUGCCAAGUGACUCGUAUCCCACACAUGAUUGAAGGGAUAUUCUCCUGCGACUUACCAUGCCAGUGAUCUAACUAUAAGGAGUAGCAGCUGUACGAUGUUCCAAGCCAUACUUUCGCUCAGCAAUCGUAAAGGAAAUUUGCCCAAAACCAAAGAAUUUAUUUGUACCAUUCCAUUUUAGAUAUCCGAGAAUUUAUGAAAAUGGCAACUUUUUUCUUAAGGCAAAUUGUAAUGCACAAGUCAAACCAAUUUUUUUUUUUUUUUUUUUUUUUUAUGUAUUUUGUUUGUGCCAGUUCUUGUUUUGCUGAUGUACUUAUUAAAGGAGGGAUCUUGUUUGUGUAGGCUAGGCCUCUGAUUAUAUUUUCAUAUAGCAUUGAUGUGCUGGUAAUCAUGUUUCAUAAUCUAUAGGUGUGAAAUGAAUUAAUAAUUAUUUUUCUUAGUCACUAGAUAAAUAGAAUUUAGCGUAAUAACAAAUUAUUUGGGUCAGAAUAUAUUGGAAUUUGUGUAUGAAUGUUUCUACUGAAGUGUGACUGGAAAUUUCAAGUAGCUAUAUGAGGUGCACCCACAGAAUGCGCAGUAUGUGGGUCAUACAAGCAGUAAGGGCCAGAACACGUAGCUUUUGUAUCUUCUUAGUUGUUGAUUUUCUGACAGCAUAUGUAGCACACCAAAUGCAAAUAGGAAGUGUGAUGGAAUAUAAUUAUAUUUUUUAGCCAGAAAAUAUGUAAGGGACGAAUAAAACUUAAUUGUUUACGGGUUUUAUCCUUCCCAAGUUUUUGCAAUAUUUUACCAGCAAGCUUUGAUAAGAGAAAUAUUUUCUUUUAUUUUGGUCUUCUCUUUGAUUGAUAAAAUAUAUUACUUACCCAAGGGUCACCAUUGUCCAAGAUUAUGUUAGAUGUUUUUUUUUUCUGUCUCUCUCUCUUUCUUAUUUGUAAAAAAAAAAUAAUUUUGUUUUCUUAGCAGGAAAUGAAAGGAUAAUCUUGUACCAAUAUGCACAUUCAGAUUUUUUUCUUCUUCCUCAGAUACAUAGAGCUUAUAAAGUACUAAAGAGGAGGAUGCUUCUGAUAUAUAGUAACAAAGCAACCAUUUCCCUGUUCUGUAAAUAUGAUUGUAUUCUUUAUGUGGAGCAAGAUAGCUAGGCAGAAGGAACAGUUUUCCAGAGACAGUAGAACACUGUUAUACUAUAGGUAUGAUAAGCAGGUUUGGCUCCCUUUCCAAAGUGGCUGAGUAAUUAUUUAGUCAUCCCUUAUCAUAUGCUGAUCUUUCUCUGUGGAUACACUUGUUAUGGCUCAUAAUUUGAACACAGCAUUGACCUCACAAAGUUAGAUGUACAAGGGUGCAGUGUGCUGGGAGAAUUUCUGAUAGGCUUAUAGGCAGAUGAUGAUCUGUGGGAAUGUGUAUAUUCAUUCAAGAAUUUCUUUUCAUGUGGUAGAUAUUUCAAAAUGAAAAUUUGCUUUAUUUUAUCACAUCUACUUUUAUAGCUGUAUUUUUAAGCUGUAUGUCAACCCUGCUUGUAUCUCUUGUCUUGCGAUUACUACUUGUUUCUUAUUUAUUGAAGUGUGGAUUUUCCUUUUUCUCUUUUCUGUCCUGUUUCUUUCCUUCUUUCAUUUUUGUGUACAAGGUUUCUGCUUCCUGUAUUCUGUGAUGAUUUUAUAUAUAUAUAUAUUUUCUUUAUUGUCCUUUCUGAUACUUCUUUCUUUAAUUUCAACAAAUUGUUUUUUUAAGUGUCCUGUUUUCCUUUUUAUGUUUGCUGGUGUAAAAUAUUUCUUUCUUUCUUUUUUGUCUCCAGCAAGAACUAUUGUGUUUGCUUUCAAAUUUGCAAAAAGAAACUAAUAAAGAUUAUCAAUUACUUUU